UCUUCUUCGUGGCUUUUUAUUCCGGUCUUUGUUGACAGCCCGCAGGAAGCUGUGAUUCACUUCAAUCUCAUUUAUUCGUCUUUUUCUGACUAAAAAAACUACUCUGCUACGACUUAACCCGCUCUACAUGACAGCAAUGGAGGAAUACCACAGCGGCAGCGAGAGCUCUUUCCACUCUGAAGAGGCGGAUAACAUUGUGAAAGAGUGUAUCGAGGGGGUGGUGGGAAAUGACGACUACAGCCAGAGUUUGGUGAACAAAUGGACGGCGGGCAUCGUGGAGCGCUGCCUCACACAGCUGGUGAAACAGGGGAAGCCCUACAAGUACAUCGUGACGUGUGCAGUGAUGCAGAAAACAGGCGCCGGGCUCCACACAGCCAACUCCUGCUACUGGGACACCACCAUGGACGGAAGCAGCACGGUGAGAUGGGAGAACCGCACCAUGUACUGCGUGGUCAGUGUGUUUGCUGUGGCUAUCGCAUAGGACACACACACACACACACACAUUACUCACACACACAUAUAAACAAGCACCACCAGAGAGUGCAGUGUGUUCCUGUGAACAGCAGGGGGCGACGGAGUGCCAUGUGUCCAUCUGCAGAAACCCAGCUGUGUCCUCCAGAUGUAUGCACUCAAAAUAUUUAUCCUCUCAUGUCACUGCGGCGCUUUAGGAGUUAGCAGCAGCUGUUAGCAUUCUUCUUCUUCUGUGUUUUCUGAUGUUUGUUAUCAUGUCAACAAGAGAGAGAUUUUGUACUCGGGUUCUGCUGCACGAAAAUAAACAUGAAGACGUUUAUGAGCGCAUUACAGUGUUCAGUCAUUUAUCUGAAAUGAAUAAAGUCACACACACUUCAAGAGAAA